AUGCAUGAGUUGUGUUAUAGUUGAUACACAUUUCAGUAUUCAGUUUAUCAUAGCAGUAAAGAAUCUCUACACAAGAUACCUAUCACACUAUGGUUAGCACAUUACAAAUAGACUAAAUAUGUAGACAGUGGCUUUUUAACUGGGGCUAGCUAUUGUUAACAAAAUCAUUUAAAUAACUGACUUUAGUAACUGCCCUAUAUCUUUAAAAUGGAUUUCCAUACUGAUGGUAACGAUUAUUUUCCCGACGACUUCAAUGGGCCAUUGAUAGCAGCUGCACUUACUGUUGAAUUCAUAGGAGCAUUGGUUGCUAAUGGUAUUGUCCUCAUUGCUACUCUUAUUCAAUAUAAAUCCUUCAAGGUUCCAUCUACAAUGCUCUUUACUUCACUAAUUAUUAUACACCUUAUAAUAUCUGUCCUGUUUGUUCUGCUUUGGAUCAUAUCAGCAGCAAGUGAAGAAUGGAUCUAUGGAACAACAAUAGAACAAAAAAUAGCAGCUUGUACAUUUCAUGGUUGUGUCCUCAACUAUGGAAUAUGGAUUAUUUUUGGUACAAUAACUGCUAUAUCUGUUGAUCGCUGUAUCUUUAUUGUCAAACCUAACUUUUAUAAAAAAUUUAUGAAACCAAAGGUUACUCUGACCUUAAUUGCUUUGAUUUGGGUAGUAGCUCUAAUUCUUGAUACUGCGUCACUUUAUGGUUUUGGAGAGGUUGCAUAUGGAGAAUAUGGAGCCUGUGUACCACGAUUUGAAGGUGAAAUCAUUUAUGUUGUCAUCACGAUAACACUUGUCAUCAUGAAAAUAUGUAUCAUCAUUGUCACCUCAAUUUGGACCUAUUGCUUCACUCGUAAGUUCAUUCAAGAACACUCUCAACUAGCAGAUGACGUCUACGUGUCUAGAAACAGAAGAUUGAUUGGUAUAUUUUGUGCCAUGCUCAUUGGAUAGAUAAUCUGCUUCCUUCCUCCUGUGGUUGUUACUUUUUUGAGUCAAAUUUUUGAUUUAAUAUGGAAACAUUAUAUAGCUGGACUUAUCCUUUUCUUAAUGGUGAAUAUUGCCAACCCAGUUAUCCAGUCAUACUUUAGGCCUGAUAUAAAGGAGGUACUAGUUAAAUUUUAUCGUAAAAUUCAAAAACAGAGUUCAUCCAAUAAUGCAGUUGUACCCAUGCAAGUUUUGCCAAUUUCUAGGAAUACAG